CAUCCUAAUGUGCCUGAGUAGGAGCAUGAACAGCCUGACUGAGGAGAUUGAUUGUGUAAGUGAUAUCCGGCCGAGUGACAGUGAGGUAGAGAAGAUGCCCAACGAGGCGGCGAAAGGAGCUCGGAUUGGAAACCGGAGGAGAGGUCUGUCGACCCAGCUGGUGAUUCUGCUCGAUGGGAGAAGAGCAGGGACGAGUGGCAGGGAGGCCAGAAUCAGCAAGAAUGUCCAAGACAUAUUUUCGUUGAUUGAUGACUAUGCCGCAGGGAGAACGGGGUACCUCAAUGCCCAAAAAGAACUCAAGUGGACCCAAAUCCUUGAUAGUGAAGCAAUCAUGCAAGAAAUUUUUGACGCAUUGAAUGAAAGGAAGAUCAUCCCUGGCGAGAAUGACAUCAUCAACGUAGAUGAGAGCCACAAUAAAGGAAGUGGCAGUGCGAUAGGUAAACAACGAGUGAUCAGCGUUAAUCUGCAGAAAACCAAACUCCACUAAUGCUUCCGAGAAUUUUUUAUACCAAUUCCUGGAGGCUUGCUUCAGUCCAUAGAUCGAUUUUCGCAAAAGAAAAACUCAGUUAUCACCGGGGCGACUGAAACCCUGGGGAAUCUUCAUGUAAACUAGACACACUAAAGCACAACACCUAACAAUGGCCAAGUGUAACCAAUGAAAGGGACUGCAGUAUAGUGGCACAAGUAAUAAAUAUUGAAUCCACGGGUCUCUAGAGUUACUAUUACCCAGCUUCAGUUCAUUAUCUAGCAAACUAGAUUAAGGAUUGAUUUACUAAACUACUCUACUAAAUACUCUACUAAUUACAAGAUGGGAACCCACUUAGUAUGAUUCCUCCUAGCUCCUCAAUUAGAUCCAAGUUGCAAUUACCUUUGGUUGAUCUACUGUUGAUUAAACUGCGAAAUCCUAAAUUAGCUUGGAAUCUCUUAAGCUGACCAAGCCCUCUUAGACAGAAUACCCAGCAGGCGACUAGCCUUCACCGGGAUAGACUGUAAGGCGAUUCACACAGAUCUCCACUACUGGAAUGAAUUCCAGUACAAAGCAGUGAAUUGAUUGACUCUCGCACAAACAAUUCACCACUAUCAAUCAAGGAAGCUCUCUUAACCUAAUCAGAUUCUAUCUAUCAUAGGUUAAAGCAGAAAUCAAGAGAAGAUGACCAGGCUUCAAUUGACUCUAUAAAUCAUGCCUCAAUCGAUUAUAAUCAAACAAUAUAGCAUCCAAAACUUCAUACAAGAAAGAUCCUAACACAUGGAACUAGGGUUCCUCAAAACCUAAGUGAAGGGAAGUUACUCCAUAGAGAAGAGAGAGACUGCAGAAAUCUGAUCUAGAUCUUCAAUCUCCAUCUCCAAGCUUGAUUCCCGAGCUCCAAUGGCGAAGAAAUCCUCCAAAAUAGCUCCAAGAAUGUUCCCAAGUCGCUCUCUCUCUCUCUAGGAUUCGUCCCUUGGGUGUUUGGGAACCAAAACCCAGCUCUCCCUUUCCUUUGGCUUGAAUCUGCCUCAAACCAGAUUCGGGGCAAAACACGGUCGAGGGCACGGCCGUGUUUUGCUUUUGCCCAUCCGUGCCCUCGCCAUGUGUUAAAAACACGCCCGCGUUGGCCAAAACACGGUCGUGCCUAAAGAUGGACACGGUCGUGCUUUGCUUCACUUCCGCCCGUGUUUUGGACAUCGCAGCAUCUCCCUUUAAUCAAGCCUCGGCAUAAAUAACACGGCCGUGUUCUUCUUUAGGCCAGCCAGUGUUUUGCUUUUCCAUCAUUUCAGCUCUCGCACAUAAAAACACUGGCGUGCUCGUUUGUGUACACGACCGUGUUCUUCAGGCCUCUUGCCCGUGUUUUGCCCCCAGCUCAACCGAAUGACCUCCAAACGCCCUGAAUCUCGUGCUUAGCAUUUCCUUCGACGCCUGGGAUCUGAAAUAUGACAAAGUAGCACAAACCAACGUAAAAUGGGCCAAAAAUACACGACUACUAGCCGC